AUGAAUUCUGAUAAUAGAGACCCUUUGAUUAAAGUUGAGAUGGAAUCGUCAGGUCGUCUGAAUGGAGCGUUGGGUUCUGUUGAUGUGCCCAUUAGUUUUCCAGACGACAUCUUGGGCGGUGGUGUUGGGACCGGGUCGACGAAUUCGCCGGCAAUAACUGAUGCGAUUCCUUCUGCUUCGGCAACAGCACCUAUUAGUCAAGUGGGCAACAGAAUAGUGAAGAAUGGUGAGGACAACAGCAAGCAACGUAGUGAUGUGGAUGGUAGUAGCGGAGUUAUCAGUCCAAAUGCGGCAGCUGUUGCAGCUGUGGUUGCCAACUCCUCAAACUUUGUGACUGGGCCUGGGCCUGUGCCCAACUCUGCGCCUCCGAAUUUGAACUUUGGCACUUCAGAUGGAAUGGUGGUUGAUGAGAAUACAAAAUUUGCCAAUAGUAGGAUGACAAAUGCCAACUUUGCCAUGUUCCCAUCGUACAUGCAGGCUCACAGCCUGAUGGAUCCCUCGAUCCAAGAGUCUUUAUCGCCUUUUUUCCAACCCUUUGGCGUGGACUCGUCGCACUUCCCUAUGACGAACCCUCCGAUCUUCCAGAGUGCGUUGGCCACGGAUUCGUUCAACCCAAGAAGAAGGAGAAUAUCUAUCUCCAACGGUCAGAUCGGUCAGUUGGGAGAGGAUGAAGAUAACGUAGAGUCGAUAUAUUACAGCCAGCCGCCUCCCAUGCCUCCCAUGCGCUCGUCUCAAAUGCAAACUAACAAUUCGAGGGUAAAGAUGGAAUCCCCACUUACUCACGGUAACAGUAAUAAUAACGAUAACAAUAACAGUAACAGUAAUAGCGGUAACGGAAAUGACAACAGAAAUGUCAGUAAUAGCGGAAAUAACAAUAACAAUAGUGAUGGAAGGUCGGUAGCAUACAACAUGACAUUAGGUGCAAAUUCUGGUAAUUUCGCACCUUCAACCUCGCAGCUGUAUGCAUCCAAGAUGAGUUUCCAACAACUACAACAGGAAUCCAAAUCCUUCGGUCAAUCCGUGGAAGAACCACCUUCCGGCCCAAUGACUCGCGAAUUUGGACAAAAUAGCGCUUAUGCUAUGGAAAUGUCAACACAGGGAAGCGACGCCUCUUCAGUGAAGUCGAAUGGAUCACAUAAAUCUUCAGAUAGGCAUGCACUACCAGGAACUGCAGCUUGGAAAAGAGCAAGACUCUUGGAAAGAAACCGUAUAGCGGCUUCAAAAUGUAGACAAAGGAAAAAAAUUGCUCAGGAGCAGCUGCAGAAAGAUGUCGUUGUAUUAAAGAAUUCGAAUAAAAUCAUGAAGAGUAAACUAGAAUUCUAUCAAAAACUGGUUACGAAAUUCAAAAGGUUUAUGGAAUUACAUAUGGAAUCAUGUGGUGGGAACAAAGACGGGCUUACUAUGAUUGAAGAGAUGUUGAAAAUUGAUCAUGAUCUGCAGCAAGAUGAUCAGGGGAACCUGGUGAAAUCAAAUUCCAGUUCAGAUUCACAUUCAAACACAAACACAAACACAAACCCAAACACAUAUUCCUACAAGAACUGA